CAGAACACGUAUCACUAUCCUCACUGAUGCUACAGCUAUAAAUUCCAUUUCUUUCACUUGAAUUCAAAGGCCUUUCUUUCUCUCUUUCAAUUUCUGUCCCAUUGCAGCAGCACUUGAGCAAUUUUUUCAUCAUGACAAAAAAGAAUAAACAGAGAAGUAAAACCUCGUCCAAUACAAGCACCUCUUCUUCAGAAAACCUACCACCACCGCCUAAAGUAGUCUUACGGACUUACCGAGAUACCGAUUGGCAACAAGUGGAUUAUCUAUUCAAAAGUACUCAGAUUCCUCUUGUAUAUGAAAGCAUCCGAAGUAAAUUAUGGGCUUUCCCCACCUGGGUGAUCUGGUUCGCGGUCUACUCCUCUCUCCUCAUACUCAUCCCUCGCUUCAUUACGACUUACAUUGCUCGUGAAGUGCCCCAAUGGGCAAUGACCGUCGUCAAAAUAGCAACAACGUUUGUAUGGGCCGUCAUUGCCUUUGCUAUAUUGUUCAUCACUUCUGAUCGUGUCGAAACUCAAAAUCGUGUCGAUGAAGCUUUGGCCAACGAUCUCAAAGAUCCGCUAACAUACUAUCUCAAUUAUACAGCUGUAGAGGACAAGGAAAACCCUGGUCGAUUGAAAAGAAUUCCUAAACCAGAGAACGAGCACGUACCUUCUCAUUUCUGGGUCUUGACACUUGAUGAUGAGUUAUGUGGAAUGAUUGGCUUACAGUGUAAUCCCGUCGAUGUCCAAGAUCAACGAGCCACUGUACCCGUUGCUUGGAAGCAAUUCAUCGUAGCUGUUUUGGAACUCUUCCGCAGUCCUUUCAUUCCAAGCUUUUUAUUGAAAGAGAAGCCUAAUACAGAACCUCAUGAUAAGACGAAAAGAAAGAUAUUCGCUCAUAAACAAAUCCCUAAAACGGCGACUAUCACGCGAUGGGCAGUUCGUUCUGAUUUGCAAACCUGUGGUUUUUCAACCCUACUUUUGAAUAGAGCGAUGAUGUGGGCUGAUGAACACGAUAUCAACAGAGUGUAUGCUAUGACGAAUGAAUGUUGUAUGGCUGCAGAGCAAAUUUUAACAAAACGACACGGAUUUGUAAUUAUGAAGAGAUACAACUUGAAUUUCUUUGGACAAUAUCAGAAACUCUUUGGCUGCAGAGUAAAGGAAUGGAUGGAAAAGAAUGCUGAAAAGACGAGAAAAGUAUUCAAUAAAAAAGAAUGAUUAUAUCUAGUAUAACGUACGUCUUGUCGAAUUUUCUCCAUGUAUCCAGCGAGAUGGCAGUGAGCUGUCAUAAGCCCACCUUCUCCAGUUAUUAUAGAUUUCAUUUCCAUGUUAAAUUAAUUGUACCUGUACACUAUCUGCUGUAAUCAUAAUAAAUAAAUAAAUUGUAAUCUUUUAAUCUCAAUCUAUGAAAAGCA